AUGCUGUCUCGCUCCAUCAUCCUGUCUCUUCUUGCUGCCCCAGCUGCUCUUGCGGCUUCGUGCUACGGCAACGGCAACCCCGGUCUUUCUGCCUCCGCCUACCAGCAGGCUGCCGACCAGGUCUGCAACUACGGACCCUCAUUCGAUGGCUACAUCGAUGGCCACCAGAUUCAAGCUGUUUACCAGGGCAAUGAAAAGCUCCACUGCCAGGUACGUGCCAUCACGUCUACUGCCAUUGUAGAUUCACAAACCAAGCAUCGAACAACUCAUGGCUUACAUAUGCUAUAGGAGGCUUUCAGCAACAUCAUCUCCCAGUGUGUAAGCGGCGAAGGCCUCAACGGAGGCCAGUGGACAUGGGACUACAACGGCGU